AGAAGAGGACAGAGCGGAGUUGGCACAUGAAAGCAUGACAGCAUGAAUGUCUGAGGGGAUAAGCAGCUCGAAGGACUUUAAAAAGGGACAGUCGUACACAGAGAGGAAUCCCACAAACGAGGCUCAUCAGACAGCAUCAUAAAAACACUUUGAGACUUCAACAAAAGUAAUUAAUCACAAUGGCAGACGUAGCCGUUCCCGCUGACAAGAAGGGCCCUCCCAGAUUCAAGCAGAGGGCCAUGCGCACCUUCAAGAGCAAGGCGCCCAAACCAGGCCAGAAGGGUUUCGGGGACGACAUCCCCGGCAUGGAGGGUCUUGGCACAGACAUCACAGUGGUCUGCCCAUGGGAAGCCUUUGGCGACAUGGAGCUCAGCGACCUGGCGAAAUAUGGAAUUGUUUAGGUGUCGUUCCUCUGGCUUUAUCGCCAUUGUAACUGUUGUUCCUCAUGUGUUACAGCUGUAAUCCUAACAGCUGAAAAAGUGGUAGGCCUACUUGUGUGCUCCAGAGAGGAGGCAGCUUUUGACGAUAUAGAGGGUUGACCUGGAAAAAAUAAAAUCCAGCACUCUCUCUUGUCCCUUGCAGUUUGUUUGACCCCUUUUCUUCUCCACCCCUGCCUUCUCUUUUCCCCUUGAAACUCUCUUCUUGUGUCUCCUAACUGGGGGUGAGUUGGACUUUCCAAAGAGGAAAACAGAAAUCAAAUGGAUUUUUCUAUUUUGAAAACAUGUAAGAUGGUUUGAUUAUCUGUUACUGUACUGUUUUACUUUCCUCUUCUUCCACCUCUUUUCCUCAAAGCUGCUGAUUUGACAUGCACAGAUGUUUUAUUUUGUGUUAGCGACAUAAAAAUGUAUGAGAACGUCUUUCACUUCAACCUUCAGUGAAAGAGAUCAACUGUCUAUUUUGUCUGUAGAGAGGAACAAUUCAAUAAACAAUAAAUUUUUCAUAGAG